UCCCUGGUGGGCUGAGGGCGAGGGGGACGGGCGUGGGGGCUGGCUUCUUGGCUCGGGGGAGCUGCGUCCUCGAUUCUUCUCCAGGGUUAGGAUGUGGAAACUGUGCCCGGCCGAUGAGACCGGAGGAGGACAGCUGUAUCAGCUUCUAGUUGGCAUCCAGUAUGUUGUUGGACGAAAGAAUUGUGGAAUUUUAAUUCAAAAUGAUCAGUCAAUCAGCCGAAGUCAUGCCGUUCUUUCAGUUAAUCAUCCCCAGGUGAAUCUUAGUCAAUCCACAUCAUUUCCUGAAUUAACUUUGAAAGACACUUCAAAAUAUGGUACCUUUGUUAAUGGAGAAAAGCUACCCAAUGGUAAUACCAUGACAUUAAAAUCUGGUGACAGAAUCACCUUUGGAGUCUUUAAAAGCGAGUACAGAGUAGAGUAUGAACCACUGGUAGUGUGUUCUUCAUGCUUAGAUGUUUCGCAGAAAAGUGUUUUGAAUAAAAACAUUCUUCAGCUGGGUGGCCAUGUAGUAAAUGAGUGGAGAGAAGACUGUACCCAUCUUGUUAUGGUUUUGGUCAAAGUUACUGUGAAGACAAUAUGUGCACUGAUUUGUGGCCGACCAAUUAUGAAGCCAGAGUAUUUUGAUGAAUUAAUCAAAGCCAUUCAAGCAAAGCAACAGUUACCACUGCCUGAAAGUUUUUUCCCACGAGUUGAUGAACCAAGUAUUGAGAAUGAAAAAGUAGAUCUGACCAAGUGCCAUAGAAGAAGAACUAUCUUCAGAGGCAAAACUUUUAUGUUUCUAACAGCAAAGCAGCAUGCAAAAUUGAGUUCAGCAAUUAAGCUUGGAGGAGGAGAGGCAAAGCUGUUGACUGACAAAACAGAAGAUGCUGCUGCUUUGAUAGCAUCUAACACUUGUGUCAUUGAAGUAGGAUCUACAAACUCUCAACCAUCAGUUUCUGCCUUGGACAACAAAUGGAUUGAUAACAUCACAGCUGCCUUGAAGAGGAAGAACUACAGAGCAAUUUCAGAGGCAGAAAUCGGUUUAGCAGUUAUUUUUGCAUCUACAGAAAGAUACUGUAAUCCUCAAACUUCACCCGGUGGAGAUAUAAAAACUGCGACAGCAGCAUCCCAUGUUCUUGGACAGAGUCCUUCUCAGAGCGUGACCAUAAAGGAAACAGCGGUGCCUUCUAACCAAGAUGACGUCAGUGUAUAUGUAGCUGACACAGAAAUGGACCAUCUGAUGGACACGUUACUUGUGGAAUUAUCAGAAGAGAAAACAAAGAAAGAAACUCCUGUAAUCCAGUCACAGGAUAUAAUUACUGUUAAGGAGACUCCAGCAGAAGCAGGCAAUGUAAACAGAGAGAGAAUCUUGCCCGAGCUGAAGAAGACACGUGGAGCUGACCACACCAGUCUAGCAUGCUCAUCUACUGAAAUUUCAGGUCAUAGCAGGAACAGAGCGAGAGAUUCACAGCAACAAUUGAAUUCAAUUAAAAAUUACUUCCAGAUCACUGCUAAAAAAAGAGAAAGGAGUGAGGAUGUAGAAACACCAUUAUCAAAACAUGCAAAGAUGGAGAAGAAGUCAUCACAGGUUUCCCAUCAAACACCAUCUGUACCUUUUUUGCUAUGGGAAAACAGUAUGGAUUCUCAAAAAGUACAGUGUGCAUCAAAACAAGGACUAAAUGACUCAUACAUGGACUCAGGAAAAUCAUUAAUAAUGGAAAAUAACAAGUUAAAGCAAACAGGUAUGGAAAGUACCUCUGUUGAAAAACCUGCAAAGAGAAAAGAAUUAGAGGACUCUGUUGAAGAUGAAGCUUCAUUAGAACUUGUAUUUGCAAGCCAGGAGCUCGACCCAGAAGAGGAUAUAGGAGGUCAGGAUGAGGAAAAUGCUCAGAACGCAAAGAAGAAAAUGAAACUGGAUAAUAAAGGAGAAAUUUCAACAAAAGUAGAAGCCACUAGAUUGUUGGAAAAAAAUGAGGAAUCCAUUCCAGCAAAAAAACAGAAAGAAGAGAUGAAAGAAGAAUCACCAAAACCUAAUCCAGAUGAUUCAAGUUAUCUACCUAGUAAGCUUUUGCUAAUGGAAUUUAGAUCAUUGGUUGUUACUCAGCCAAGGAAAAUUGGUUGUCCAGCAAACUCAGAUUACAGUCAUCUGAACAACUUUAAAAAAUUUAAAAAGGUAGCUUAUCCUGGGGCUGGGAGACUUCCAAACAUUAUCGGAGGGUCAGAUCUGAUAGCUCACCAUGCUAGAAGGAAUUCUGAAAUGGAAGACUGGUUGAGACAAGAAAUGGAGGAGCAGAGUCGCCAAACAAGAGAGGAAUCACUUGGAGAUGAUCUGUUCCGGUAUGAUCCGCGAAUAAAAAGAAGAUAAUUGUACCUUGAACUGCUUGCUAAUAAUAAACUGCAGUAUCAAAGAGUUGCUUUAUAAUCAACUAUAUCUGCUGAAAAUGUGACUUUUAAAAAAUAAUACUUCUGUUUAUAAGAAACAGAACUUGAGACUAGUUCCAGUUAGUGAUGGAUCCAAAAACUAGCCAAUUUUCUGGUAGGUUUUGAAAUGUUAACUCAGAGGAAAAUAUUAAAAAUCUCAGUCAGAAAAGGAGAGGAAUGUAAGCUUCCUGCAUUCACAUAAUAUUUCAAGCCUCCUCCAACCUGGUUACUGUUUAUUGCAAUUCUUCCGCCCGCAUUUUUGGCUCCAUGACUGAUCCAAGGAAUUGUGGGAAAUGUAGUUUUCCCAGCAUAGAAAACCCAUUGAAUGGCACUGAGAACCUGGCAUUUCAGCACACUUUUCUUUAAAUACACAAUUGCAGCACAUGCCGCAAACUAGAGGACCAGGGAGGACACCUUUUUCUCCUGCCAUGCUGCUGUUCUUGGAGUAGCUAGAAAAUGUAGUGAAAGAGAGACACAGGAAGAGGCAGGUGACUUUGAAAGGAUUGCCUAUAGGAUUGUGGGAGCAAGAUAUCGCACUGAUGUCAGAGAUACAUCAGAACAAUCUUGGAACUGGGCUUGAAAGUAGCAAAGUUUUGUUUUGGGUUUUUGCUGAAUAGGAGUUUGCCCAUUGUUAGUUAUAGAACCUAAGUUUUAUGCCUUUAGAAUUCCUUUUCAAGCCACACUUUAGGAAUUUUACUAUGAAAGCUUUUGUUUUUAUAAAAAGAAAUGGAGACAUCACAUUUUUAAAAGUCAAUUUAAAAGUUUUUUUUUAAUUUAUGCAUUGCAGCUAUUUCCAUUUAUAAAAGAUGGCCCUUUUAAUAAGUCACACUUUAUUAGUCUGUAAGUCAAAUAUUGUCCUUGUAAUUUAGCUCCCUUAAUCAGUUCUAAGAAUGAGAUCCCGAUUGGGGAAUUGGAAGAAAUAGGGUGUGCUCCAAAUUCCUUAACUUGUGGGCUUUCAGGGAGUUUCUGCCUAUAAACAGAUGCUUCAGGCUCAAAUAUGUUAUAAAAGAGAUGCUUUUCCUCCACUGUAUUAUAUCCAUGUUUUAACUUUAGGAGACCUCACUGUCAACUUGAAUCACUCAGUAUAGAUUUGCACUACAUAUUAUGCUGGAUAAAUGAAUAUUCUAUUGGUUUAGCUGAGUUAUUUGCAACUGGAGAGUCAUACUGAGAAGCAGCCAUUUGUGUAAUGUAACCAAUAAUGUUUUCUGUGAGGAAAUGUACUUUUUUUCCAAAAAUGUCCUGUUUAGAUUGUUUUCUGACCUAAAGAAUUAAAAAAAAAAUCAUUUUCAGGUGUUAGU